AUGGGCUCUCUCGACGUCGUUCCCUUUUGGCACGUCAACGUCCCCGAGCGGGACCGCAGCCCUGACUGCCCCGAGUUCCUGCGCGGCCUCAACCCCAAGGACCUAAUGGGCGUGUCCACGCCCGAUUCGGCCUACGAGAUCCUUCCCUGGGCCGACGUCACCCGCAUCGUCACCACCAACCGCCUCGAGCGCUUCCAGCGCGUUCCCUCGCAGCUGCGCCGCUACAAGGAGUUCACCUACCGCACCGCGCAGCGCCACGGCACCAUUGCCGACUUUGUCCUCAACGAGCGCCUGCGCUGGACGGCGCCCGUGCGGCCUCGCGGCAGGCCCUUUGAGUUUGCCGACGACUACAAGGUGCUGUACAACGACUGGCCGUACGGCCUCGAUUCGCGCAUCAUCCACCUUGUCGUCUGGACCAAGUUUGAGCUCGUCGCCAACAACACCACCGGCGACCUGACGGACACGGCCCGCGCCGAGAUCGAAGGCUACGUCACCAAGACGUUUCGCUCCAAGAUGCCGGAGGGUCAUGUCAUGUGGUUCAAGAACUGGGCCGCUCUCAAGUCUAUCCAUGCCGUCGAGCAUUUUCACGUCAUGCUCUUCGAUCCUGAUCCCGACUUUAUCCGCCAGGUGACCAACGGCGACAUUCCCCAGUGCAACAAGUUUGUUUAG